AUCGCGGCGCCUGCCCGCUCCCAGCUGCACGGCCUGGGGGCCGGCACCCGAGAGCCGCUCCGAGAGCCUUUCCAAGUGCGAAGGGUUUGGGUGUAACUCAUCCCCUCCCCGGGACGCGGCCGCGUCUCCCGUUGGCCCCAGGUCUUGGUGCGUUUGCCACCCUCACCCUCUCGCCCCUUAGAAGGAGGAAAGGGAAGGAAGGAGGGCUGGCAGCCCGAGCCGGGAGCGAGGACUGUGUGCCGGCACCAGACGUUUUUGAACAGCUGUGUGUGAAGCACUGGUCUGUGAAGACGUGAAGUUGAAAAUUUCCAAUCCUCCUUCUCAAAGAGCUCGAAGUUUAUUUAGUGAGGCAAGCAGAAAGGUACCAUGCCAGUGGAAAGGAUGCGGAUGCGCCCAUGGCUGGAAGAACAGAUAAAUUCAAACACAAUACCAGGGCUAAAGUGGCUUAAUAAGGAAAAGAAGAUUUUCCAGAUCCCCUGGAUGCAUGCGGCUAGACAUGGGUGGGAUGUGGAAAAAGACGCACCACUAUUUAGAAACUGGGCCAUCCACACAGGAAAGCAUCAGCCAGGAAUAGAUAAACCUGAUCCCAAAACAUGGAAGGCGAAUUUUCGAUGUGCCAUGAAUUCUUUGCCUGAUAUCGAAGAAGUUAAGGAUAAAAGUAUAAAGAAAGGAAACAAUGCCUUCAGAGUAUACCGGAUGUUGCCCUUAUCUGAACGACCUUCUAAGAAAGGAAAGAAACCAAAGACAGAAAAAGAAGACAGAGUUAAGCACAUCAAGCAAGAACCAGUUGAGUCAUCUUUGGGGCUUAGUAAUGGAGUAAGUGAUCUUUCUCCUGAGCUCGCGGUCCUGACUUCAGCUAUAAAAAAUGAAGUGGAUAGUACGGUGAACAUCAUAGUUGUAGGACAGUCCCAUCUGGACAGCACCAUCGAGGAUCAAGAGAUCGUUACUAAUCCGCCAGACAUUUGCCAAGUUGUGGAGGUGACCACCGAGAGUGAUGAGCAGCCAGUCAGCAUGAGUGAGCUGUACCCUCUGCAGAUUUCCCCCGUGUCUUCCUACGCAGAAAGCGAAACUACCGACAGYGUGCCCAGCGACGAGGAGAGCGCUGAGGGGAGACCACACUGGCGGAAGAGGAACAUUGAAGGUAAACAGUACCUCAGCAACAUGGGGACACGGAGCACCUAUCUGCUGCCCAGCAUGGCGACCUUCGUCACUUCCAACAAGCCGGAUCUCCAGGUCACCAUCAAGGAGGAGAGCUGUCCGGUGCCUUACAACAGCUCCUGGCCCACGUUUCCUGACCUCCCCCUCACUCCCUCCGUGACCCCUGCGUCCAGCAGCAGUCGGGACCGAGAGACUCGGGCCAGUGUCAUCAAGAAGACGUCAGACAUCGCCCAGGCCCGUGUCAAGAGCUGCUAAGCCCUUGAGUCUCCCYGGUGGUUGUUGGGAUUUCUUGGCUUUGUGUUGUUGUUUGUUUGUGUUUUAUUUUUCUUUCUGACACCUAUUUUAGACAAAUCUAAGGGAAAAAGCCUUGACAAUAGAACAUUGAUUGCUGUGUUCAACUCCAGCCCUGGAGCUUCUUUUUAACUCAGGACUCCAGCCCCUUGGUAGACGCGUGUCUCUAGAGCCUGCUGGAUCUCCCAGGGCGACUCCCUCAAGUUCAAGGACCAACAGCCACACGGGCAGUGGAGGUGCUGCGUUGCCUAUGGUCAAGGCCAGCGUGGUGGAGUGGAUGCUUCAGAAUGGACGAGAAAAUGUGAACUAGCUGGAAUUUUUUAAUCUUUGUGAAUAUGUACAUAGGGCAGUACUAGCGACGCUGCAGUCUGCUUCUGCACCUUAUCUUAAAGCACUUAUGAUAGGCCUUCUUAUGAUCUUGCUCUAUUCCACAGCACAUUCAUCGUCCCCUUCUCUGCCCUUUACCCUCCACCCAUCCCUUCCCAUCCCCUCCCACACGGUUCCUUUCCUCCUUUUCCUCCCCUCAGAGGCUGUGAUCCACAUCCUGGAGGAGGAGGAGGAGGAGGAGAAAAUGAACCUCUCCACAGAUGUCCCAUUUUUAAGACUGCUUGGAGGAAAAAAAAAAAUCUUUCUAAUCUGCUAUGCUUGAAUGCCACGCGGUACAAAGGAAAACUAUCAUGGAAAUAUUAUGCAAAUUCCCAGAUUUGAAGACGAAAAUACUCUAAUUCUAACCAGAGCAAGCUUUUUUAUUUUUUAUACAGGGGAAUAUUUUAUUCAAGGUAAAAUUCUAAAUAAAAUAUAAUUGUUUUUUAUCUUUUCUACAGCAAAUUUAUAAUUUUAAGAUUCCUUUUCUUGUUUAUCAGCAGUUGUUAUUACAUCCUUGUGGCACAUUUUUUUUUUUAAUUUUGUAAAGGUGAAAAAAAAAGCUUUUAUGAGCUCAUGUAGCAAUCAGAUUAUCCUGUGGAUUGAUAAUAAAUGAAUAUGAUAUAUA